AUGAGAAUCUAUCUCAAACCAACGGUCAUACUUGUUGUUGUUCUUGGUGUCGUAUGUCUACUCUGGACAGGCACAUGGAUUUGGUGGCGACGACACAGGCAACCUGUAACUAGUUUUACGUAUCCAACGCCAAAGUCUAAUUUGAAUGACUUGGAACAAGCGAUUCUUAUGGAUAAUCGAUUCGUGUCGACUUGCCAACAUUUUGCCCAAGGCAAACAAUUACUUGUUGUUGAUAGUAAAGGAUAUCUGUGCCAACGACGACAUUUAGACAAAACCAACGGCUGUUGUCAAACAAUAUCAUCCUCCAUUCUCGGUCCAUAUAUCUGUGAUAAUUGUACAUUGUCAACGUAUUGUUGUAAUUCGUUUGAACAUUGUGUAUCUUGUUGUCUCAAACCUGAGCAUCGGAUUCAUCUUCAACAUUAUAUUCGUUCACGUGAUUUAAAGACCAAAUUACUCCUGUCACAUUUAUCAACACCAUUUGAUGUAUGUUUAUCACGUUGUCGAACACAUAGUCACAGUGUUAUUCAUGAAAACGUCUAUGUCGACGUGACACAUAAAUACUGCUUUGCGUCACGCUCAACUCAAUAUCCAUGGCAUCGAAUUCUUGAUGAACUCGAACCAGCGCUAUCAAACAGAGUGCGACAACAGUUCAAUAAUCCUCAACGUCGACAAAUGCUUAUAGAAUUGCUUGGUGCACAGUAUCAAAAGAAGUUCUUCGGAACUGAACUAGACAAUACCUCGAUCUUAAAUGUUCCUGAUAUGACUAAAGAACAACGACGUAUACUUGAAAAUGAAGCCAAAUCAUGGUUACAGAUACAAACUUUGAAAGCAGCAUCUGAGAUCGGCGCUGCAAAGAAAGACAGUGACGAAACUACUCGAUCGUCUGCUGAGAUGGCAGACUUCCUCGAAUAUACAAAUCAAGUUGUUUGGAAAGGGCUCGAACGUUAUCUGUAUCAAGUACAGCAGAAAGAAUUUCAAGAACGCGAGACACAAAAGUUACACGAAAUGAACAAACUCAAACGUUAUAGUGAAUUAACAGGUGGUUCAAAACUUCGAUUCAUAUUACGCGAUUCAAAAACCAAUUCAGGAAAACUACCAAUGAUCUAUGAAUCGUCAUCGACUACUCAUCCAAUGACUUCGCAGUACAGUAACUUAAUAUCCGAAUCAAUCAUAGCAUUACUCAAGCAAGAUCUACGUCGCAUAACAUUUCUGAAAGAGAAAUUAUUUGGACAACAAUUACCGGUUGCACUUCGACAAAUCAGUUGGACGGAAUGUUUAUUCCGAUUUGAAAAGAAACCACAUGAAUCUGAUCUUAGUUUUGUUGAGUUGAAGACAAGACGAGAUUUCGCAAGUGGCAUCACACGCGGAAAAAACGAACUUAAACUUUCGAAUCCAUUAAAUACUCCAAUGAAAAAUGUCAUUGAAAACGAUGUUAUCGAAACGUAUGGUAAAAUUCGUACACUUCAGCCGUAUCUUGAAGAGUAUCAUUUACGAUUUACCAUGAAAAUCUUGAAUGUUCUAUACACGUACAAAAAAUCCUAUGAAAUUUAUUAUAUUUAUUGGUUAUUACCAUUUCAGCUAACUUAUUGUGAUGAAGACAAUAAAGAUGAAGAGAUUUAUGUGAUCGGUAUGCACUUGGACUUAUUCAUUCGACAUUGCUUUCCGACAUGGCCAAAAAUCUAUACCAUUGCAAGUAACAUUAUCAGUGACAUGUCUAUUGAUGAUUCAGGAUUUUACAAUCAUUUGAAAAAGAUAUCAAGACUGAAUGCAAAAAUCAACGCCAAAGAUUUUCCGAUGGAAAUUCUUUCGUUAAAUGAUAAACAAACGACGAGGAGGAAAGUUUAUGACCAGGAACUAAUGACCGAUCCUGUUAUUUUUCUUCGAAAGUGGAUCUGUGAAAUGUUCGUGGGAAUUCUUAAUUCGAAUAGCGUGCUCUACUUAUGGGAUCAGUUUUUCAUGGUCAAAUGGGAGUUGAACUACAUUGAACAUGCAUGUCGAGCGAUAUUGUAUCUCCUACGUGAUAACUUUAUGUGUGCUGAAAAUUAUGAAGAAAUGCGGAAAGUUUUUCUCGAUGAGCCAUGCUUAUUGUAUACAUCGGACAUUCAGACAGCGUUUGUGCAUCUGGCGUUGAAACAGGAUGAUCCAAAAUACAUUCCGGCAAUGAAUCAACAUAUACGACCGAUGAAAUCGCUGGACAAUAUUGAAAUUCGAUCUAAUAAACAAAAGAUUUACUUGGAAUCUGUUGGUAUAGAACAUAUUUCAUUGAUCCUGAUCACGCCAUUUACGAAGGAUCCUCGACGAGAAGUUCACUGUAAAUCAAUCACUGUUCAGAUAGAAGUAUAUGGUGGUGGAGAAAAACUAGGAUCGAUUACGACAAGAUCACCUCCCAAAAUCCGAAAACGCGAACAGUAUAAACCUAGCUGGGAAAGACUAUUCAUUGACAUGACAAAUGAGAAAUUAAUUCUACCAGCUCAGCAAACCCGUCAGUCACUGGUACCGAUUCGAAUUCAAGCGCUGAUCACUAUUUAUGAACAAAUAGAUCCUUAUACAAAACCAAUCCUUGGUCACUGUCGGUUUCCACUAUAUAUCCCACAAAAAAUUGGCAAUCUCGAUACAUGGGAUGUAACCUGUGGACCAGUUCAUCGUGCUCUACACGCCGGUUUACCUCCACCUUCUAUCGAUAUGAUACCCGACACUCCGAAAACAUCCGCUUCAGAUAGAAUUGCAACAUUAAUUUAG